GCGGCGAGGCGGGGCGAACCGGGUGCAUAGGCAGCCGCACGGGGCGGAGACAGGCGACAGCGGCGCGGAACGCAGAGCGGCGGGAGAGGAGCUUGUGCUCCUGGUCUCCGCUGCGGCCAUGGCUACCGUGGACCUGGAGAAACUGCGGAUGUCGGGGGCUGGCAAGGCCAUCGGAGUGCUGACCAGCGGCGGUGAUGCGCAAGGUAUGAAUGCUGCUGUCAGGGCUGUGACCCGUAUGGGCAUAUAUGUGGGGGCCAAAGUCUUCCUCAUCUACGAGGGCUACGAGGGCCUUGUGGAAGGAGGCGAGAACAUCAAGCCAGCCAACUGGCUCAGUGUUUCCAACAUCAUCCAGCUGGGUGGCACCAUUAUUGGCAGUGCCCGCUGUAAGGCCUUCACUACGAGGGAAGGGCGCCUGGCUGCAGCCUACAAUCUGCUCCAACACGGCAUCACCAACCUGUGUGUCAUCGGUGGCGAUGGCAGCCUCACAGGGGCCAACAUCUUCCGAAACGAGUGGGGCAGCUUGCUGGAGGAGCUGGUGAAGGAAGGCAAGAUCUCAGAGUCCACAGCUCAGAACUAUGCACACUUGAGCAUCGCCGGUCUGGUGGGCUCCAUCGAUAACGACUUCUGCGGCACCGACAUGACCAUUGGCACAGACUCAGCCCUGCACCGCAUCAUGGAGGUCAUUGACGCCAUCACCACCACUGCCCAAAGCCACCAGAGGACCUUUGUGUUGGAGGUGAUGGGACGACACUGCGGGUACCUGGCGCUGGUGUCUGCGCUGGCCUCCGGGGCUGAUUGGUUAUUCAUCCCUGAAGCGCCCCCUGAGGAUGGCUGGGAGAACUUCAUGUGUGAGAGGCUGGGCGAGACUCGGAGCAGGGGAUCUCGACUGAACAUCAUCAUCAUUGCAGAGGGCGCCAUCGACCGGCACGGAAAGCCUAUCUCAUCCAACUAUGUGAAGGAUCUGGUGGUUCAGAGGCUGGGCUUCGAUACACGAGUGACCGUGCUGGGCCAUGUACAGCGAGGAGGGACGCCCUCAGCCUUCGACCGAAUCCUGAGUAGCAAGAUGGGUAUGGAGGCCGUGAUGGCUCUGCUGGAGGCCACACCUGACACGCCGGCCUGUGUGGUCAGCCUCUCUGGGAACCAGUCUGUGCGGCUGCCUCUCAUGGAGUGUGUGCAAGUGACAAAGGAUGUGCAGAAGGCCAUGGACGAGAAGAGGUUUGACGAGGCCAUCCAGCUCCGUGGCAGGAGCUUUGAGAACAACUGGAAGAUUUACAAGCUCCUUGCCCACCAGAAGGUAUCUAAAGAGAAGUCCAACUUCUCCCUGGCCAUUCUGAAUGUGGGGGCUCCAGCUGCCGGCAUGAAUGCAGCUGUGCGCUCCGCGGUGCGCACUGGUAUCUCCGAGGGGCACACGGUAUACAUCGUGCAUGAUGGCUUUGAGGGUCUGGCCAAGGGUCAGGUGCAAGAAGUGGGCUGGCAUGAUGUGGCAGGCUGGCUGGGACGUGGUGGCUCGAUGCUGGGGACCAAGAGGACACUGCCCAAGACCCACCUGGAGGCCAUUGUGGAGAAUCUCCGCACCUACAACAUCCACGCCCUGCUGGUGAUUGGUGGCUUUGAGGCCUACGAGGGUGUGCUGCAGCUGGUGGAGGCCCGGGGCCGCUACGAGGAACUCUGCAUCGUCAUGUGCGUCAUCCCGGCCACCAUCAGCAACAAUGUGCCUGGCACUGACUUCAGCCUGGGUUCGGACACGGCUGUCAACGCUGCGAUGGAGAGUUGUGACCGCAUCAAGCAGUCAGCCUCGGGAACAAAGCGGCGUGUGUUCAUUGUAGAGACCAUGGGGGGCUACUGUGGCUACCUGGCCACUGUAACCGGCAUUGCUGUGGGUGCCGAUGCUGCCUACGUCUUUGAGGACCCUUUCAACAUCCACGACUUAAAGGCCAACGUGGAGCAUAUGACAGAGAAGAUGAAGACAGACAUCCAGAGGGGCCUGGUGCUCCGGAACGAGAAGUGUCAUGAACACUACACCACAGAGUUCCUAUACAACCUGUACUCCUCAGAAGGCAGGGGUGUGUUCGACUGCAGGACCAAUGUGCUGGGCCACCUGCAGCAGGGUGGUGCUCCGACCCCUUUCGACCGGAACUAUGGGACCAAACUGGGGGUGAAGGCCAUGUUGUGGGUGUCGGAGAAGCUACGUGAUGUCUACCGUAAAGGGCGGGUGUUCGCCAAUGCUCCAGACUCAGCCUGUGUGAUCGGCCUGCGGAAGAAGGUGGUGGCCUUCAGUCCUGUCACAGAACUCAAGAAAGAGACUGAUUUUGAGCACCGCAUGCCCCGGGAGCAGUGGUGGCUGAAUCUACGGCUGAUGCUGAAGAUGCUGGCACACUACCGCAUCAGCAUGGCAGACUACGUGUCUGGGGAGCUGGAGCAUGUCACACGCCGCACCUUGAGCAUAGACAAGGGCUUCUGAGCUCACCAUCACCACCGUUCCUGCUUUCCCGGACUCUCUUCCUCCCAGUGCUAGCCACAGAUCCCAGCACCGAGGGGAACUCACAUGGAACUUGGAGCCCAUGGCUGGCUGAGGGAUGUGGGGGUCUACUGUGCUGCUCUGGGGCGCCUCCCUUAGCAUUCCCCCCACCCCCAGGACAGAGAGCCUGUGGGGCCCCUACCUUCCAGUCAGACCCACAUUGCCUCUUCCUCACUGGCCAGCUGGCUGCCUCACCACACGGCUGAAAAGAGCCUCACUCUUUUUUAGAAAUAAAGUCACCUGCCUAGAGCAUGGUCACUGGGACAACAUGACCGGAGGAGUCCAGGAAGAGGGUGAUCAGGACUUGGAUGCAAACCUUACCCAAGGCUAUAUUUGUUUGUCUGAUUGAUUGAUUUAUAUGAAUACACUGUAGUUGUCUUCCGACACACCAUUAGAGGUCAUCAGAUCCCAUUGCAGAUGGUUGUGAGCCACCAUGUGCUCUUAGGACCUCUGGAAGGGCAGUCAGUGCUCUUAACCACUGAGGCAUCUCUCCAGCCCUGCCCACAGCUAUUCUACAAGACUGGAAUUUCGGGAACCCUCCCGGGAAGGGGCUAGGGAGACCUGAGCCCUUAGCUCUGCCUGAAGGGCUGAGGGGAGAGCUACUGAGGCUCGUGUGGGCUCCAUACCUGCCCCAGAAUGGCUGGGGUAUCGGCCUGUGGGUGAUGGGCCCUGGUCUGGAGGGGAGACUGUCAUUGUCGGUAUAGUGUUCUUGGUUGAUUGCUGCCCUUCAGGAGGUUCUCGAGGCCAGGAGGCUGGCUCCUCAGAAGUUUAUGAAGGGCUGAGCCCUGGCCAACCCCACCUCAGAUCCCUCUCUAAGCCCCUUAUCAGGGUUUCUUGCAUGAGGCACUGCUGGGUCCAUCCUCCACAGUGCCUGGAGUUUUACAAUAUUUACAAUAGGUGGAGGCUCUUUCUGGUCUCUAGGUGUAAGGAGGUCAAGGGUUGUGACUUUGGCUCUGUGGACCUGCAGGCUGCACUGGGGCAAUGGUUUCCCUAGGUAGAGGUCUCCCCCCAUGUCACUGUAAGGGUCACUGUAAGGCUGUUGUUGGGGUAUCCAGCUGCUUCACCUGGCUGGAGCCCCCAAAGCUGCUGGGAGCAGAGUCCUGGAGUGAUCAGUGUCACAUCACUGUACCCUGGAGGUUUUGGUCUUGAGCAUGUGGCAACAAGGCCUGUGUAUUAGGGCUCUAGAGAAACAACCAAUCGAAUGUAUAUAUACUGUAAAA